AUGAUCAGAAGAUUGAUGAUUUUGGGCUACUUCAUCAUGGGAGGAGCUUGUUCAAGGAAGAGAGAUCAGCAAGUCGAGGAUAUUUUAAACAGAGGUGUCUCUGGAAAAUAUAGCAAGAGCUCAAGUUCUAAAUGGUUGGCGACUUCGCUCUCUAGGUCCGGCUCCGAUGUUAAACGGAGGAAUGGAGAACGCCCAUCGCUUCUCGAGCUCUGUGUCCGCAAGAUACACGAGGACAUAGAUAGAUACACCACAUUCUCUGACCUUCCCAGAGAUAUCAGUCAGCAGAUUUUUGAUGAAUUGGUGUAUUCCCAACGAUUAAAUUUAAAGUCUCUCGAGGCAUUUCGAGACUGUGCUAUCCACGAUCUUAACUUGGGAGAAUACCCUGGAGUUAAUGAUGAGUGGAUGGAUGUCAUCUCCUCGCAAAGUACUUCGUUGCUUUCUGUUGAUUUUUCAGGGUCUGAUAUCACAGACUCUGGCCUGGUUUCUUUAAGAGGUUGCAAAAACCUGGAAUCCUUAAACUUUAAUUUCUGUGACCAGAUAUCAAACCGCGGGCUCGAGCAUCUAAGCGGCCUCUCGAAUUUGACUAGCCUGAGCUUCAGAAGAAAUGGUGCAAUCACUGCACAAGGCAUGCGUGCCUUUUCCGGCUUGGUUAACAUGAAGAAACUAGAUCUUGAGAAGUGUCCUGGGAUACACGGUGGGCUCGUCCACCUUCGAGAUUUAACCAAAUUAGAGUCCUUGAACAUAAAGUGGUGCAACUGCAUAACGGAUGCAGACAUGGAGCCUAUCUCAGAACUUAAAAAUCUGAGGAGCUUACAGAUUUGCUGCAGUAGGAUUACCGAUUAUGGUAUCAGCUACCUUAAAGGGCUAAACAAGCUUAAUUUAUUGAACUUGGAAGGGUGCCGUCACGUUACUGCUGCAUGCCUGGACACACUCACAGGUUUGAUGUUUUUGAACCUCAAUAGAUGCAAUUUCUCAGACAGCGGGUGUGAAAAGUUUUCGGGUGAGUGUUACCUGGCUUCCUCACAGUUGAAAGUGAUGGCUUUGCUUUGUGGAAAACUCUGCGGAUUUAAUCAAUUUAAAGAUCUUAAACUUGGGAAUGAACAGCAUUACAAAUUCAUGCUUGGUUUGACCAAGUUGGAGAGCUUGAACUUGGAUUCUUGUAGAAUCGGUGACGAAGGACUGGUACAUUUAUCAGGUAUGCUUGGGUUGAAAUCUCUGGAGUUGUCUGAUACCGAAGUAGGAAGCCAUGGGCUUCGCCAUCUCUCUGGUCUGUCAAACCUGGAGAGCAUAAACCUGUCAUUCACUGUUGUGACCGAUAGUGGUCUUAGGAAAUUAUCUGGUUUGACCUCUCUUCGAACGCUGAACCUGGAUGCUCGUCAUGUUACUGAUGCUGGGCUUUCCGCGCUUACAAGUUUGACUGGCUUGACUCACCUUGAUCUCUUCGGUGCUCGUAUCACAGAUUCUGGAACUAAUUACCUACGAAACCUGAAGAAACUUGAGUCACUUGAAAUAUGUGGUGGUGGGUUAACUGAUGCUGGUGUCAAGAACAUAAAAGAUCUUUCAUCCCUCACACUCCUCAAUCUAUCACAAAACUCCAAUCUCACAGACAAAACACUGGAGUUGAUUUCUGGAUUGACCGGAUUGGUAUCUCUAAACGUCUCAAACUCGCGAGUAUCAAACUCAGGACUGCGCCACCUAAAGCCAUUGAAGAACCUGAGAUCUCUGACCUUGGAGUCCUGCAAAGUCUCUGCGAAUGACAUCAGGAAGCUUCAGGCGACCGAUCUGCCAAACCUAGUCAACUUCCGACCUGAAUAA